AUGGAAGGUCGUGCGAUUCCAACUUCUACCUCUCCCCUUUUACGAUUUAGAGAAUCGUAUGGAUACGUCGCCGGGUUCCGUACCCGGAGUAAUCUAGUUUAUCGGCUUACUUCCGCCGCCGCUUUGAAUUCUCCGGCCGGCGCGUUGGCCAAAACACGCGAUCCACAACAGGAAACCAGCCAAAUCCCCAGAACACGGGGCAGCCGGACGGCUCUUGCGCCCGGCACAUCACCCGAAAUACCGUCGAACCAACUUGUCAGCCAAAAAACCAAAGAAAAAAAUACUGGGAUAGAGACGUCUUGCGACGAGACGGCGGCGGGGCUGGUGGACCAGGACGGCCGUCUGUUGGCGAACGUCGUGGCGUCUCAAUCUGAACUGCACGCCCGGUUCGGCGGAGUGGUCCCCGAAGUCGCGUCGAGGCAACACCUGUUGUCGAUACAAGGCGUUCUUCGAAGGGCGCUCGACGAGUCCGGGACCGAAUGGGAAGACAUCGACGCCGUCGCCGUAACAAACGGGCCGGGACUCGCCGGCGCGCUGAUCGUAGGCGUAAACGUCGCCAAGGGUCUCGCGGCUUCGCUGGGAGUGCCACUCGUCGGCGUCAAUCACCUCGCAGGCCACGUCUAUGCGGCGUGGAUCGCGGGGCAUGGCCCAGUUACCCCGCGCAUGUGCCUGAUCGUGUCCGGAGGCCACACGGAGUUGGUGCUAAUGGACGAAGAGGGGCGUUUCCGGAUGAUCGGCGAGACGCGUGACGACGCCGCGGGUGAGGCGUUCGACAAGGUCGCCAGGGUGCUGGGCCUGCGGUACCCCGGAGGCCCAGAGAUUCAGCGCGCGGCCAGAGACGGGGGCAGGACUGAAUCGCUUCCCCGCGCAUGGCUGAGAGGCACGCAUGACUUCAGCUUCAGCGGCCUGAAGACGGCGGUGAUUCGGCGGGCGCGGCAGGAUGGGAUCUAUCCGCCGCCGCCGGAGGGGCCUCCCUGGGAAAAUGUAGCCGCGCUGGCGCGGGAGUUUCAGAAUUCGGUGGUGGACGUUCUUGUCAAAAAGACCGUCGACGCGUCGGCAAGAUACGGGUGCGGCGAGGUGGUGUUGGCCGGCGGGGUAGCGGCAACUCGGCGCUCAGGGAAACCCUGGCCCGCGCCUCGGACGUGCCCGUUGCCGUGCCUCCCGUGGCGCUGUGCACAGACAACGGCGCCAUGA